AUGCUUCUUACUCAUCACUGGCCGAUCACGGAUUGGCUAGGUGUAUUGUCCUUUCAUACAUGCGCACGUACGUGCAAAAGCAUUUUUCUUAUUUUUCUUGAACGUACCCACAUACACACAGGGACAAAGUUACUGAGGAAUACAAUGCCGAGAGAGAAGCUCAUCACAUUCAAGAGUGAUGUCAGCAUUGAUGUGGAUGAUGGAGAUAAAAGUGGCAGCAUUUACUCUGUUGAAAUUGAUGCGGCUGGAAGAAGGCAGCGACAAGAGUUGGACAAAAAGAAGAGAGAAAGAAAGAGUAAAGCUGAAAAGGGACAAGUGCAGAGGCUACAGAUAAAAUCAGAUGAUCAUAACGGUGAAAGGAAAGGGAUAAAGAGAGGAGGAGAGGUAGUGGAGACUCCCAAGGAGCGAAAUAACAGUAAGAACAAGAGAACCAAGAAACAGCAGGAGGUAGCAGAAAAAGAAGAAGAGGAGGAGAAGAUGAAGAAAAUAAAGCAAGAAAACAUUAAAGAAGAUGAUCAAUCAAAAAAGAUGAAAAAGGAUCGGAAAAAGGCAACGGAGAGCAUCUUUGAUGUUUUCCAUGGCUCUGAGGUGAGCUCUUCAUCAGAUGAAGAGUUUGCGGUGGGUUCGCUGAGUGAGGAGGAGCUGGAGAAACUCAUGGAAGCUAUAGAUGAGAGGAAGAAGCUCAUCGCCACACUGAGAGCACAACCUUGGCCAAUGCACAAGAAAAUGUCUAUGCUCAGGAAGUCACAAGCAUUUAUAGAGAAAUAUGAGGGCACUUUAGGAAAAAGCAGAGGGAGGAAGCUAUAUGCCUACAAGGUCAGGAUAACAAAGAAAUGGGUGAAGUUUCAGAAAGACUUCAAUAACUUUAAGACAGCCUGCAUUCCAUGGGAGAUGAAAAUCAAGGAAAUUGAAAGUCAUUUUGGUUCAUCAGUAGCUUCCUAUUUCAUAUUUUUGCGAUGGAUGUUUGGCAUCAACAUCAUUCUCUUUGGCCUGUCCUUUGGGCUUGUUAUGUUUCCUGAGGCAUUAAUGGGGCGGCCAUAUGGGAGUAUUCCCAGGAAGACUGUCCCCAGGCAAGAACAAUCCAGUGCUUUGGACUUUGAUGUCAUAUGGAACAUUGGGGGCUACCUAAAGUAUUCUGUCCUGUUUUAUGGCUACUACAACGACCAGAGAACAAUUGGCUGGCUCAGGUUCCGCAUGCCCCUGUGCUACUUACUGGUUGGAUUGGGCAGUGUGGCUUACAGUUACAUGGUGGUCAUUAGAACCAUGGCACGUAACGCCAGUGAAGAAAGUGGAGGAGAUGACACCAACUUUAACUAUAGCUGGAAAAUAUUUACCAGUUGGGAUUACCUCAUUGGAAACCCAGAGACAGCUGAUAGCAAGUUUGCCUCCAUUGCCACAAACUUCAAGGAAGCCCUUGUUGAGGAGAAGGAGAGCAAAAAAGAUGAAAACCUCCAUUUGAAGAUACUCUUCCGCCUCCUGGCCAACGUCCUGAUUCUCAGCGUUCUAGCAGGAAGUGGUUAUCUCAUCUAUUAUGUAGUACACAGAUCUGAAAAGUUACUCCAGAAUAGGAUGGGCAAGUACAGCUGGUGGGAAAGAAAUGAGGUCAAUGUAGUGAUGUCUCUGUUAAGCACGUUUUGUCCAAUGUUGUUUGAUGCAAUAAGCAAUCUGGAAAAUUAUCACCCACGCAUUACCCUGCGUUGGCAACUGGGCCGUGUCUUUGCCCUUUACGUAGGCAACCUCUACAGCUUCCUCAUAGCCGUCAUUGACCAGAUCAACUUUACGAGGGCUGAAGAAGAGGAAAUGAAGACUAAUCUGACCAUAUGGCAGGCUAACAUGUAUAACAGGUCCAUAGCAGAGAAUUCAACCUGGUCUCCUUUAACAGUGGAUCCUGCAGAUGUACCCAGAGGACCUUGUUGGGAGACUAUGGUCGGACAGGAGUUUGUACGCAUGCUGAUUUCAGACACACUGACUAUUUACAUUGUGCUGCUGAUCAACGACUUCACCCGAUCAGUUGUGAUUCGUUUCCUGAACCACUGCUGGUGCUGGGACCUGGAGUACAGCUUUCCGUGCUAUGCCGAGUUCGAUUUGAGUGGGAAUGUGCUCAACCUCAUAUUCAACCAGGGAAUGAUCUGGAUGGGGACCUUCUAUGCCCCUUGUCUUCCAGCACUCAACCUCAUCAAACUGCAAAUAUCCAUGUAUAUACAAGCCUGGGCUGUUAUGUGCUGCAAUGUCCCUCAUACACGCGUCUUCAAAGUCUCACGCUCUAGCAACUUCUACAUAGCCAUACUGCUGGUCAUUCUCUUCCUCUCCACACUGCCCACCAUCUUCAGCAUCGUCUCUUUGCGUCCAUCCUUUGACUGUGGGCCUUUCAGUGGGAAAAGCCACAUGUAUGACGUGAUCCUGGAGAUGCUGCAGAUGGAUUUUCCAGCCUGGUUUGGAAAAGUGUUCAGCUACAUCUCAAACCCAGGACUGGCCCUGCCUUUCCUACUGCUCAUGGUCCUCACGAUUUAUUACCUCCAUGCCACAUCUAAAACAUACAAGCAGGUCAACACUGAUCUGAAAAAGAAACUGCAGGCUCAAUGUAAGGAGAGUAGAAGGAGGAGCAAACUUGUAGCAAAGGAGAAGGCGGAAUAUAUGAAGUUGGCUGAAAGCAUGGCUGCCACAGAACAACAGGACAAGCAGAGCAACAACAGUGUGUCUGGGAAAGACAGCAGAAAGAGCAGCAGAUGGAGUUAUUAUCUUCCUCCUCCUUCUCCGCCGCCGGAUAUUUACAGUGGGGGUCAAGGUUCUGGUCUCAAAUACUCUCCCAGACCUCCUUACACUCGACCCCCUGCACCCCGGUCUCACCUCAUGCACGGGCACCUACCAGGAUUUCCACCAUAUUAA